AUGGGUGCCUAUUGUACAGUUGUAGAAACGAAAGGAUCUACGCCACAAAAGCCGGGGGCUAAGUUGCUAAUUUUGCCAGACCUGCGCAAUUUCGGGACGCUCGGCGGCGGCUGCGUGGAAGCGGAGGCACGACGGCAGGCAAUCGGGUUGAUGCAGGGUGGCGUCCCACGUCUGCUCGAUUUUCAGUUAGACAGCGACUACGGGUGGGACGACGGUCUCAUUUGCGGUGGGAAUAUGAAGAUUUUCAUUGACCUACCCCAAACCAAAGAGGAGUCAUUGAUAUUAACCCGAUUGCAGGAACUCUCGGAAGCAAAAAUUCCCCUCGUCUCUACUACGGUGGUUCAAAGUGAGGUAGACCAUAUCCAAGUUGGCGCGAAGAUGCUGUUCGCAGCGAAUGGCGAAAAGGUCGGUUCGUUGGGAGAUACGGCGUUGGAGGCAGCAGUCCAAGAUGAACUGAUGGAGGUCCUAGAGAAGGAUGCGCCCGGUGUGUUUCGGUGGCAGGUCGAAGACUCUCGGAACGGAGAGGGGGCAGUUUGGGUUUUCAUGGAUGCGGUGCAGCCACGUCCCACGUUGCUCAUUGCCGGCGCAGGACAUGUCGGUCAAGCCCUAUGCCAUCUCGGAAAAUGGCUCGGUUUUGACAUCGCAAUUGUUGAUGACCGUACUGAUUUCGCCUCUGAAGAACGGCUCCCCGAAGCCGACGAGAUCAUCAUCGGCGAUAUUGCGGAGGAGUUGCGUAAGUAUCCCGUUGACCAUCUGACUUACGCCGUCAUUGUUACACGGGGACACCAGCACGAUGAGGAGGCACUCCACAGCGUCGUUGAGUCAAAUGCGCGUUAUGUCGGUCUAAUUGGCAGCCGUCGGAAGAUUAAGCUGAUCUACGAUGAUUUGAGAGACGCGGGGAUCCCCGAAGAAAGACUAGCAAAAGUGUACGCGCCGAUCGGAUUGGAUAUCAACUCCAAAACGGUGCCGGAGAUUGCCGUAAGCAUCGCUGCGCAACUUAUCCAGGUCCGCAAUAGUAUAAAGCCAGACCUCCACUUUGAUGCACAGCCGGCGAGAAUGCCCACGAUUAAGGUCGGCACGUAA